AUGGCUUCCACCACCACUUUCUUCCUUUACCUUAUCUUUCUCUUAUGCUCAACUUUGAACUUCAUGCCCUUAGAAGCACCUCCUCCAGAUUUCUCAACAAAAGUAACAUAUGACCCUGACUCAGAUCUAUACAUAGCUUCCUAUUCCAUUGGCACACCACCACAAAAUGUCCUUGCCUUCGUUGACACAGCAAGUGACGUCAUAUGGACCAAUUCCAAAACAGCUUUCAAAUCCGCAAGCUCCACCACUUACGCUGUUCUGCCAUGUGACGACAAAAGAUUUUGUCAGAAACUAAAUCAGAGAACUUGCAAGAUUGGUAAAAAUCAAAAUUGCAACUAUACGAUCAAAUACUUCGAUCAAGCAUCAACAUCGGGGGUGAUUUCGGAAGACAAAUUCUCCUUUGAUGCAAAGGUCGACGUGGGGAUCUUAAAGUUCGGUUACUCUACGAAUACAAGCCCUGAUUUCGAAGGGAAGGACAUCAAUGGUUGUUUGGCACUAAGCCGUAUUACCCCUUUCUCCUUCAUCUCUCAAUUAGGUAUCCAAAAGUUUUCUCACUGCUUCGUUAAAACAAGCUCUAAAAGUACUACAAUGUAUUUUGGGUCAAAAGCCGUUAUACCUGCAAAAGACUCAAUACCAUUGGUAGACCCCAAAUACUACUAUGUCAAACUUAAUGGAAUCAGUGUGGGAAACAAAAGAGUCAACGUGAGUCAACCUGGAAAAAUUUAUGUUGACACUGCUGCUACUUACUCGCGGCUUAAAAAAGCGGUGUAUGAUCCUUUUCUGAAAUUCAUAAGAGAAGAGGUGGUUAAGCCUGCUGCAAAGAGUCCUCACGAUUUCCUCGAGUUCUGUUUUAAGGCGACUAAAGCAGAGGUGGAUAACUUGCCAAAGGUGACGUUUCAGUUCGCCGAUAACAAAGUAAAUGUUAGUUUUGUGAAUGGUGUUACUUAUUUGGAAUUUGAUGGCGGAGUUUGGUGUCUUGCCAUUAUACGAUCGACUGAUAAUGAGUCGCUGUUGGGGAACUUUCAAUUGGCUAACCUCAAUGUUGGAUAUGAUAUCGCAGGGAAACAGAUUUCCUUUACCAAUACGAACUGUUAG